AUGUUUAUUGGUGGACUCAACUGGGAUACCACGGAACAAGGAUUAGUGGAGUAUUUUUCCAAAUUUGGAGAGGUCGUUGACCAUACUAUUAUGAGAGAUAGUGCUACCGGAAAAUCUCGUGGAUUUGGAUUUCUUACUUUCAAGGAUACCAAAUCUGUGGAUGCGGUGAUCCAGGGAGACCAUGUUUUGGACGGCAAGUUGAUCGAUCCCAAGCGUGCCAUUGCUCGUGAAGAACAGGACAAGGUAGGUAAAAUAUUCGUAGGAGGUAUUGAUCCCAUGGUAAACGAAAAGGAGUUCCAUGACUUCUUUUCUCAAUUCGGUAGCAUUAUCGAUGCUCAGUUGAUGAUUGACAAGGAUACGGGACGGUCUCGUGGAUUUGGAUUUAUUACUUUCGAUUCGCCAGAAGCUGUUGAUAGGGUAACUGUAAACAAGUUUUUAACUCUUAAAGGCAAAUCUAUGGAAGUCAAACGUGCAGAGCCUAGGGGUGCUCACCAUGGUGGUCUGCAACAACAAGGUUAUGGUUAUAAUCCUUACAAUCAAUAUGGUGGAGGUGCCGGUGGUGGAGCUGCUCCAUAUGGUCAAUACAACCAAGGAGUCAAUGGAAUGAAUGCCGAUAUGAUGCAAUACUGGCAACAAAUGCAACAGUGGUAUAUGUAUCAGCAGCAGCAACAACAACUGCUGCAGCAAGAUUAUCAAGAGAAUCCUGACCAGCAGCCUUUGAAUCCUCAACAGCAGGGUGAAAAUGAGUCUGCUCCAACUCGGUCAGAGAGCAACUCUACACCUCCAGAUGUGCAAAAGAGAUUACCUAGAGGACCUCGUAGGGCCCCUCCUUCUGGACCGUCUGGGGGACAUCGUGGAAGAGGUGGAUACAGAGGCCGUGAUCGUGGGUACCACCCAUAUAGUCGUGGAGGAAGAAGGUGA